AUGGACUGGCUUUCUUGGCCCUAUAGUCGGGCGGCGAUACUCGCUUUUAUUGAUGUAUUUGGAACCCUGGCUUAUGUUUCUCAGACUUCUUGGAUACAAAGUGGGACGCUUCGUUAUAACAUACUCUACGGGAUGCCAAUGGACGAGAUCAAAUAUGAUAAGGCCAUAAAAGCUUGUGCACUGGAUAAGGACAUUGAUAGUUUUGACCAUGGUGAUCUUACUGAAAUAGGUCUUAGGGGGUUUAACAUGAGUGGAGGACAGAAGCAGAGGAUUCAGCUGGCUCGAGCUGUCUAUAGUGAUGCUGAUAUCUAUCUUCUUGAUGACCCCUUUAGUGCAGUGUGCGAUGCACAUACUGCUGCAAUUUUAUUUCAUGAUUGCGUCAUGGCCGCCCUAGCAAAGAAAACUGUAAUUCUGGUGACUCACCAAGUUGAAUUUAUCUCAGAAGUUGAUAAAAUUCUGGUAAUGGAGGGUGGACAAGUUACUCAAUCUGGAAGCUAUGAGAGUCUUUUGACAGUUGGAACAGCAUUUGAGCAGCUUGUGAAUGCUCAUAAAGAUGCAGUGACAACAUUGGGUCCUUCCAAUUAUCAAAGCCAAGGAGAAUCUGAAAAGGGGGAUAUGUUUCGGUGCAAGGAACCUCAUGGGGCUUACCUUACUGCAAAUAACAGUGAAGGGGAUAUUUCUGUGAAGGGUAUAGCUGGGGUGCAACUAACAGAAGAAGAAGAGAAAGAGAUUGGAGAUGUUGGAUGGAAGCCCUUUUGGGAUUAUAUAUUUGUUUCCAGAGGAACACUUCUUCUAUGGUUAGGCAUAAUAGCAGAGUCUUUUUUUAGUAGUCUUCAGGCUGCUGCAACUUAUUGGCUAGCUCCAGGCAUUCAAAUUCCUAAACUCAUUGGUGUUUAUGCUGCAAUUUCAGCACUUACUGCUGUCUUUGUAUAUCUUAGGUCAUUUUUUGCUGCCCAUAUGGGAUUGAAAGCUUCUAGAGCCUUUUACUCUGGUUUCACUGAUGCUAUCUUCAAGGCUCCCAUGCUGUUCUUUGACUCAACUGUAGGGAGGAUUUUAAUACGAGCUUCAUCAGACUUAAGUAUUUUGGAUUUUGACAUACCUUUCUCCAUUAUCUUUCUUUUGGCUUCUUGUACUGAACUGCUGGUAACGAUUGGAAUUAUGGCUUCUGUCACAUGGGAAGUUGUCAUUGUAGGCAUUCUUGCAAUGGUUGCUACAAAAUAUGUUCAGGACUAUUAUCUAGCCUCUGCAAGGGAACUAAUAAGGAUCAAUGGAACAACCAAAGCUCCUGUUAUGAACUAUGCAUCAGAGACAUCACUCGGAGUUGUCACUAUAAGAGCCUUUAAGAUGGCGGACAGGUUCUUCCACAACUACUUAGAGCUAGUUGACACAGAUGCCAGAUUGUUCUUUCAUUCUAAUGCAACGAUGGAAUGGUUAAAUUUAAGGACUGAAACACUUCAGAAUCUGACCCUUUUCACAGCUGCUUUUUUCGUUGUUUUACUUCCUAAGGGUUAUGUUGCACCAGGGCUUGUGGGGCUGUCUCUUUCUUAUGCUUUAUCACUAACAGCAACACAACUUUUUGCAACUCGAUGGUAUUGCAGCUUAUCCAACUACAUUAUCUCGGUUGAAAGGAUAAACCAAUUCAUGCAAAUUGCACCAGAGCCUCCUGCAAUUGUGGAGGACAAGAGGCCAGCAUCUUCAUGGCCUCCGAAGGGUAGGAUAGAGCUGCAUUCUCUGGAGAUCAAAUAUCAUCCAAAUGCUCCGCUAGUUCUCAAGGGAAUUACUUGCACAUUCAAAGAAGGCAAGAGAGUAGGAGUUGUGGGAAGAACAGGAAGCGGAAAAACUACACUCAUAAGUGCUUUGUUUCGCUUAGUAGAGCCGGCCAGUGGUAAAAUCAUUAUAGAUGGACUUGACAUCUCCUCUAUGGGUCUAAAAGACUUGAGAAUGAAGCUCAGCAUCAUCCCUCAAGAACCAACUCUUUUCAGGGGAAGCAUCCGAACCAACUUGGAUCCACAUGACAAAAUAUGGAGGGCUCUAGAAAAGUGUCAGCUCAAGGCAACAGUCAGCAAGCUACCUAGUCUGCUAGACUCAUCCGUGAGUGAUGAAGGGGAAAAUUGGAGCGCCGGACAAUGCCAGCUCUUUUGCCUUGGCAGAGUCCUUCUCAAGAGGAACAGAAUUUUAGUUCUAGAUGAGGCUACGGCGUCCAUUGAUUCUUCGACAGACGCAGUUCUGCAGAGAAUCAUCAGGCAGGAAUUUGCAGAAUGCACAGUGAUAACUGUAGCUCACAUAAUUCCAACCGUUAUCGACAGUGACAUGGUCAUGGUCCUUUCCUAUGGGAAGCUGGUGGAGUAUGAAGAGCCUUCAAAGCUCUUGGAUACAAACUCCUACUUCUCCAAGCUUGUAGCUGAAUAUUGGUCAAGCUGCAAGAGAAACUGAUGCCAAAAUGUCAACAAGUUUGACAGUAUAAUAAGAAGCAUCAAUCUCGACUGAAACCAUCCUAAUGCUUGGAU